UAACGCCGUUAAGUCUUUGGCCUCCAACUUCCACGUUUUUAACGACGCCCCUCCCUUUCUCAGCGUAGAACACUCCCGACGCCAUGCCACCCUCUCCUGAUCUCCUUCCUCUUCUCCUCCUCCUCCUCCUCUCUUUCUUCUCCUACUCCCACUCCUCCUGCGACCCAUCAGAGCGCGAACUUCUCUCCCGCGCCUUCAGCUCCGUCUCAGGUUUCCAGCCCCCCCGGCCCGACUCAAGAUGCGCCAAGAUUCGGGAGAUCAAACUCCCCAAUAGGAACCUCAGCGGCACCGUAUCUUGGACGCUCCUGCGGAACAUCUCGAGCCUCCAGAUCCUCGACCUCUCCGGAAAUGCUCUCGAGGGCUCCAUCCCUGCCCGCUUCUGGUCCGACUCGGCUCUCCUCGAGGUCAACCUCGCCGCCAACCGCUUCGGUGGCGCCCUCCGGAUAGAACAGGGCCCCGCCGGCACGUAUCCACCCCCUAUUAAGGUCCUCGACCUCUCCGGCAACCGGUUCACCAGCGCGGUGGGCUUGGAGGACCUCAAAGGCUUGAAACAUCUCGAUGUUUCUAAUAACUCCAUGGCCGGGGAUUUUCCCAAAGACUUCCCACCGCUCGCGGGCCUUGGCUUCUUAAACGUCUCGUUUAAUAACUUCACCGGAGUGGUGGAACCCGAGGUGCUCGAGAAGUUCGGGAGCUCAGCUUUUAUAAAAGCCGGCUCUCUUAAUUUCUCUUCUUCUGCUAGAGACGCCCCCAGUCCUGCUCCCUCUUCUUUAGUUUCUCGUGGGAAGAAAAGCAUAACAAAGGGUCGUGAAGGGGCGCUAAGGAUGGGAGUUACAGUAGCGGCCGCCUCUCUUGUAGUAUUCUCUCUAUUGGCUUAUGUGUUAUAUGCGGUGAUGAGGAAGAGAAAGGGACGGAAGGAUGAGUGGAAUGGGGAGGAACCAGCGGCCUCUGCUGCAGCGGCGGCGGUGGGGAAGGAAGCGGGAUGGGUCGCGGAGGCCAGGUGGACGGCGCCGGUGGUGGUGUUCGAUAAGCCGCUAAUGGCGCUGACGUUUGCGGACCUGGCAGCGGCCACGUCGGGGUUCGGGAGGGAGUCCCAACUGGCGGAGGGCGGCCGGAGCGGGCCGGCAUACCGGGCGGUGCUCCCUGGGGACAUGCACUUGGUGGUCCGGGUGCUGGAGGCCGCCCGCGAGGUGGACGAGAAGGAGGCGGCCGCCGCCUUCCGCGACCUCGCCCGCCUCCGCCAUCCCAACCUUCUUCCUCUCACCGGCUACUGCAUCGCAGGAAGAGAGAAGCUACUGCUAUACGAGUACAUGGAGAAGGGGGACCUCCACCGGUGGCUCCACGAACUCCCGGCGGCCUGCCCCGACGUCGAGGACCGGAGCAUCGAAACGUGGGAGAUCCACCACGGGGAGGAGAGAAGACCGCCGCCGGGGGCAUCGGCGUCGGUGGGGGACUGGCCGACGCGGCAUCGGAUCGCGCUAGGGAUCGCGCGGGGGCUGGCUUUCCUCCACCAGGGGUGGGUUGGCUCGCGGCAGGCCGCGGUCCACGGCCACCUCGUCCCGACCAACAUUCUUCUCGGCGAGGACCUGGAGCCCCGGAUCGCCGAUUUCGGGGUGGCGACCGGCGAGGGCACAGCGGACGGGGACGUGUACAGCUACGGAGUGGUGCUGAUGGAGCUGGUGACGGGGAGGGCGGGGUGGUCGGACGCCGAGGUCGGGUGGACUCGGAUGCUGGUUAGGGAGGGGCGGGUGGCGGAGGCGGUGGACCCCAGGCUGAGGGAAUGGCCGGAGUGGGAGAAGGAGGCGGUGGAAUGCCUCCGGGUGGGGUAUCUCUGCACCGCCGAGUCGCCGGAGAAGCGGCCCACCAUGCAGCAGGUAGUGGGUCUCAUCAAAGACGUGCGCCCUUGCUCCACCGCCGCCGCCACUGCCACUUCAUCCUUCUCAUCUUCUUCCCAUUAAAGGAAGCGCCAAAUGCAACUCCUUUUACUCCUUUUCUUUUCUUUUCUUUUUUUCUACUACUAUGAUUCCUUUUUAAUAUCAUUAGUCGGUCUACCUUCUUGUUGUUUUGUUAAAGGACAGGGAGAGAAGGCGAUUUUAGU